AUGACUAACAUGUCCUCAGGAUCAAAGCGCUCCUGGGAUGGCCAAUAUUCCGACGCCAAACGACCAAGAGAGGAUGAUCAUGGCGCCAGAGACUGGAGAGAAGUACACCUCAAGCGGCCAGGCCCUUCCAGAGAUAGGAAUGCCGAAAGGGAACGUGGUAGACGAGAUGGGGGAUAUAGGAAGACUGGCUCUGGGGACCAUCGAGAUCGGCGACGAGACGAUAAGGAUCGGCAACAUACUCGACGCCGAGAACGGUCAGGUAGUCGCAGCCGCUCUCGCAGUGCUUCCAAUGGCAUGAAGCAAGACUCUGAAAAGGAGGAAGGCGAAAUCUCACCUAGGACAAGUCGUGCAUCAACUCCGCCCAACGGAAAAGACGUCCAAGUCAAUCGCAGCGAAUCGGCGGCACCCACGGCACCAGCAACAGCACCAGCAAUGGACAUGGAGCUUGACCUUCCGCCUUCACCUCCCCCCGUCGAAGCUACUCUUGCCGCUCGCCGCGCAAAGAGGUUGGCGAUAUUAGCCAAGUAUCAGGGCGGUGAUGCAGAUAGCACACCAAGCCCAGGAGCCAGCAGUGCGGUCCAGCCGCCACAAUCUGUUGUCCGUUUAUCUGACGCAUCUCAGACCAACAGUGUUUCCGUUACGCCUGCAAUGGCCACACCUAUCAGUGAAAGCAAGCGGCAAUCUAUGUCAGUUUCCCCUACUCCUGCAGAUUUCUCCCUCGGCAAAAUCGAGCAGGACGAAGCUCAAGCUCAGAAUUUCGCAGAAGGGCAAGGGGGGGACCAGAUAUCUGCUGCUGAUUAUGAUCCUAGUUUGGAUCGUCGAGAGGAUGAGCAGAGACGAGUGCAUGCCCCGGUAGUUGUAUCGGAUGAGGAGGAGGAGUACGAGGAGGAGGAGGAUAUCGACGACAUGUUUGCUGUGGCUACGAGCGAACGCAAGAAGGUUAGAAAGGUUAAGAAGGUGGCGAAACCUUCCGCUCCGGCUCUUAUUGCCACCAAUCUUGAUUCGGCAGCAGAUUCCGAGGGUUAUUACUCGAUAAUACUUGGUGAGCAACUAGACGGCGGUCGCUACCAAGUAUUUUCUUCUCUCGGCAAGGGCAUGUUCGCCAACGUUGUCCGUGCCCGAGUUUUGCAGGGAGAGCCUAGCGAAACUGGAAAAGAAGUGGCUAUCAAAAUAGUUAGAUGCCAAGAGUCUAUGUAUAAGGCUGGUUUGAAAGAAGCCCAGAUUUUGAUGAAGCUCAAACAGGGUGACCCCGAGGAUAAGAAACACAUCGUACGGCUCGAUCGCACGUUUGAGCACAGAGGGCAUCUAUGCUUGGUCUUCGAGAAUCUGAGCAUGAACCUUCGUGACGUUGUGAAACGGUUCGGAAAGGACGUAGGGUUGAACAUACGUGCGGUUCGAGCGUAUGCCCAUCAGUUGUUUCUGGCUUUAAGCCUGCUCCGCAAGCUCAACAUCAUGCACGCGGAUAUCAAGCCCGACAAUAUCCUCGUCAACGAACAGAAGACGCUGCUGAAACUUUGCGAUCUGGGCUCAGCGUCAGAUGCUUCUGAGAAUGAUAUUACGCCUUAUCUUGUCAGCCGGUUCUACCGUGCGCCAGAAAUCAUCCUCGGCGUCCCCUACGACCCCUCGCUGGAUAUCUGGUCCAUUGGCUGUACCCUGUACGAGUUGUACACGGGCAAGAUACUAUUCCCUGGUCGCUCCAACAACCAGAUGUUAUUGUUGAUGAUGGAGUUAAAGGGUCGCUUCAACAGCAAGAUGAUAAAGAAGGCUAAAUUCGGUGAUGUGUACUUUGACGAAAUGGGAGCGUUCCAGAGCGUAGAUAUAGAUAAAGUUACUGGUGCCGAUGUGAUGAAGAAAGUUCAUAUAUCGAAACCAUCGCGCGACCUUCGAACUCGAAUUAUGCCUUCGGCUUCAGUGAAGCUAAAGGACGAGGAGAACAAGAUGCUUCUGUCGUUUAUCGACCUUCUGGACAAGUGUCUUGCCUUAGAUCCCGCACGAAGGAUAACCCCCAGAGAGGCGUUGGUGCAUCCAUUCAUUCGGGGUUAG